AUGGCCUUUAGCUUCGGCUUUUCAGGUGACGAUAUCGACAUCGAUGACUCUGAGACCACCAGCAAUGUUCAGAAUGUGCAAGGCCCUCCGGCAAGGAGCAAUUCUCUUCCUGAGCUGGUGAAAGCCUCCAGGCAUAGCAUAGACGAAUGGCUUUCGGUUCUCCCUUCCCAGAUCUCCUUCAAUCGACUUUCAAUUGGCAGCACGCCUCUGGUUAUUGCGCGCCGAGAAUUGUUCGAUAUUCGGACACAAUUAAUGGCCGAGGACAACGCAGGUCAAGACAAUGCAGAGCUGAUCUCAGGCCUUGAUGAGGGUGACCUGAAACCGAAUUUUUACGAGGGUGGCUUCAAAACCUGGGAGUGCUCUCUCGAUUUAGCCAAAUUAGUAGCUGACGAACCUCUCGUCAAUGAUGUCCAAACUAAUCUCCAUAUCAUCGAGCUCGGCGCAGGAACAGCGGUGCCCACGCUCACUGUGCUCGCAAAGCUGCUCACUCGCUCAGAGCCGACAGAGGCGAGUCCGACAAGGAAAACGCUACUUACAUUUGCAGACUACAACGACUCGGUUCUGCGACUUGUUACGCUGCCCAAUAUCAUUUUGACCUGGUACGGCAGCCGUACAUGGCCUACUGCCCAGGUCUCCAUGGAGGGUGCCACUCAAGAUCAGUCGGAACAGGAACUCGACAUCACAUCGGAACUCAUAAGUGAAUUCAAAGCCGACCUCGCUCGGCGUGGAAUCACCAUCAACUUCAUCUCUGGCGCAUGGUCCCCAGAGUUUGUCGAUAUGGUCUUCUCGGCCCAAGAUUCGGAGUACCAGACUUUAUUGCUUGCAAGCGAGACAAUCUACUCUCCCUCAUCAUUGAGGGCUUUCUCGGAGACUUUAGUCUCGUUAUUGCGCGGCUCCGGCACGGCAUCUGCGAAGAGCAGAGCACUAAUAGCUGCCAAGAAGGUGUAUUUCGGCGUUGGAGGUGGCGUAGAUGAGUUCCUCUCGGUGCUGAAGGAUGUUAGUGGUGAUCUUGAGAUUCAGCAAAAACUUGAUGUGCAAUCAGAGGGAGUGGGUCGAGUGGUCCUAGGAGUCAAACCCCCUCUGUUAUAG